AUGCACGCGAUAUUCGUAACCAUCAAGAUUAAGCCGGGGUUCGCCGAUCAGUUCAGAGAGGCGAGUUUUGGGGACAGCCAAGGUUCUGUGCGAGACGAACCGGGCUGCUUCCGCUUCGACAUCCUGGAAGACAAGAGCGACCCCAACACCUUCUACCUGUAUGAAGUCUAUGCGGACGGAGAGGCGCACAUGGACGCGCAUCGCAACGCGCCGCACUACAAGAAGUGGCGCGAGACGGUGCAGGACUGGUUCGACGGCGACAUUCAGGCGAUUCCGAUGAACACCGUGUUCCCAUCCGAUGAAGGAUGGCGAGCGCAGAAACCGGGCUUGCUAAACUGGUAG